AUGGACGAUUACAUGUUCCGCAGCUAUGUGAACAGCUGCAAAUACGUGCCCGAGGCCACUAGCUACCUGGAGAUAUUUAAUUACACGGACCCCGAGUAUAACACGGACGAGGAGCAUCCACUCACGCCCGAUGAGUUCGAGAACUUCCUCUACCGCCGGGGGGCUUUUGAACCACCAAAGUUGAGGGAAGGCGUCAAGAUUCGCGAUGGCCUCCGAUUAGUGCUUCAGAAGAAUGCGAAACAGCCAGAGACUUUCACGCCAAACUACAUCACACUGACGCCGACUGAAUAUGAGGUCAUGGUUAGGAGCAUGCGGUUGCCCUUUCGGGCGAUCGAGUCAACCAGUGUUGUAGGGCCCUUCUUCUGGGCUGCUUUUGAUCAGGAUGCACACGAUCCUCACCUGCAGAUCAUCUUCCGCAAGUCGGACGUGCGCAAGAAGGGCAAGACCCGCGGGUGGGAGAUCAUGCUCUCGCACUCGUUCAACACGGGCAUCACGACGGGCUACGUGAAGGGCACGCCGUCGUCGGACAUUGAGGAGUCGAUCCACCACCUGCGCGCGUGCGCCAACCAGAUCGCACACCCGAUGCUGCUGCCGGUCAUCAUCCUGUCGCACGACCUGUCGGCCAAGACGGACCAGAAGCAGCGCGACGCGCGUGCCUGGCUGCGCCGGCUGGAGAACGCCGUCACCAUGCGCAACGAGAUCGAGGAGCGCGAGACCUACAUGGACUUCGACCUCGACGCCAUCAACCGUGACCUCGUCGAGUGCCACUCCCAGGUCCUCUGGAAGCGGCCCCAGGCCUACCAGGAGAUCAUCAAGGAGAUGAAGGAGGCCAUGGUCAAGUUCCACCAGACCUCGCGACCCGAACUCCACCGCGGCGAGCUCGAGGCUCUGCACGGCAGCAUGGAGAGCCGCCUGGAUUUCUACCGCAUCAAGCUCCUAGGCGUUGAGAACUAUGCGCACACGACGCUGGAGCGGCUGAACAUCCAGCGACAAGCUCUGUAUAACAUUAUUGCCCAAAAGGAAUCCAAACUGAACCUCGAGAUGGCCGCGCAGCAGCGGCGUCUCGCACACGCCAGCAAGCGCGACAGCACCGCCAUGAAGACGCUGUCGCUCCUGGGUGCCGUGUUCCUGCCGGGGACGUUCCUGGCGUCGCUCUUCAGCAUGACCUUCUUCGACUUCAACGUCGGGCCGUCCGAUGGCUCGGGCGACAGCAGCGGCGCCGGCGCCCAGGUGUCCGAGUAUCUGUGGGUGUACUUUGUGGUGACGAUCCCGCUGACGCUGGUCAUCGUCGGGUCGUGGUGGUGGAUGGACAAGCGGCGGCAGCGCGAGUACGCCGCCGAGGACGUCGAGAUCGAGAAGGGCAUCGACCGCAUGGAGUCCGAGAUCAUGGCCAUCAUGCGCAAGAAGACGAUGAACAAGGCGACCACCUGGAACUCGGGCAACCCGCCCAGCAUAUCGCUGCUGAAGAAGGACAAGGAGGGAUGA